AUGGCGUCACUGAAGUCUUCCACGCUCAGCAGUCAGCACGUUGAUGAUGAUGACGAAGGUGAGCGCAACACCGUUCCCCUCACACCCCUCGACAGCUUCUUCUCCGACAGCGACUCCCUUAAACAACAAAAGAAGCAGAAGCCCAAAAAGAUGAAAGAGGGCAAAAUGCCCAAAGUAAAGAAGAGGAAAAAGGAGGGUGGGAUCCAGCCCAGAGUGGACAGCGACCUGGAGGAGACCUCGGAGGUGGAGGAGGAGCGGGAACGUCCAGAAAUCGGCUCUGAGAGCGAGAGCAGCGCGUACGGGCCGACCAAGAAGAAGAAGAAGAAGCCCAAGGAGAAGAAAGAGAAGAAGCCCAGGAAGAAGAAGAGGGAUGAGGAAGAUGAGGACGAUGACGAUGAUGAUGGGAACAUGAAAGAACCCAAAUCCUCCAGCCAGCUGAUGGAAGAGUGGGGUCUGGAAGACGUGCAGUAUGGCUUCACCGAGGAAGACUAUAAAACCAUCACCAACUACAAGGCCUUCAGCCAGUUCCUCAGGCCUCUCAUUGCCAAGAAGAACCCGAAGAUUCCCAUGUCGAAGAUGAUGACAGUGUUAGGGGCCAAGUGGCGCGAGUUCAGCGCCAACAACCCGUUCAAAGGAGCAUCUGCCACCGCUGUGGCCGCCGCUGUGGCUGCCGCCGUGGAAACGGUUACCGUGGCACAGCCGACGUCUGUCAGCUGCAGCCAGCCGAGCGCUCAGCCGGGGCCCAUCAAAAAAGCCAAAACCAAAGAGGGAAAGGGACCCGGAGUGAGGAAGAGGAGCAAGUCUGUGAAGGACGUGAAGAAGAAAGCCAAGCCCAAAAAGACCAAAUCAAAGUCGGGCCAAAGUGUGAAGAAGAAGAAAGCGUCCUCGAGUGAGGAGGACUUCCUGGAGGAGUCAGACUUUGAUGAAAUCAGCAUCCACAGUGCCUCGGUGCUUUCUGAUACCUCGGGGGCCGCCACCAAGAAGAAAUCCCGACGUGGGCGGAAAAAAAGGAAAA